UUGGAUGACAUACGAUUUUAUGGGGGAUGUUUUCUUUUCGGCAAAAAGCUUUUUGUCUUUUUGGUCUCAAUCACAAUUAAUAACUGGCGCUUGAUUGAUUCGUUGUUUGUCGUCCAAUAUAAAAAAAAUCAAAGAAAGCAUUGCGAUAUAUUUACUUAUCAAAUACUUAUUAUCAUUGUAAAAUGACCAGUGCCGAUAGAAUUGAUUUUGAAAUGGAGGUAGAAGUGGAGAGUGCUUCAUCAGGACCGGCUGUAGAUCCUGCUAAUCCAACUUCUCCAGCACCGCCCACUACAAGUGGAAACAAAUGUGUGGUGGUGACUACAGCUACCUCUGGAUCCGUCACUGUGUCACUACAUCCUUUAGUAAUUAUGAAUGUUUCUGAACAUUGGACUAGGCUUAAAGCUCAAGAAGGAUCACCUCAAACAGUGAUUGGAGCUCUCAUUGGUAAACAAAAAGGCAGGAAUAUUGAAGUGAUGAACUCUUUUGAAUUAGUAUUUAGUGUGAUUGAUAGCGACAUUAUUAUAGAUAGAGAUUACUACAACAUGAAGGAAGAGCAGUUUAAGCAAGUAUUCUCAGACAUGGAUUUCCUUGGAUGGUACACAACAGGAGAGACACCCACAGAGAAAGACAUAGCUGUACAUAGACAGAUCUGUGAUAUCAAUGAAUGUCCUGUCAUGCUCAUGCUAAAUCCGGCAGGCAGGAAUGGGGAUCAAUUACCUGUUGUGCUAUACGAGUCUGUUAUAGACGUAGUCAAUGGGCGAGCUACAAUGUUGCUGGCUCCGCUCACAUACACCCUGGCUGCGGAGGAGGCAGAGAGGAUUGGUGUGGACCAUGUUGCUAGAGUGUCCUCUGGUGAAGCAGCGCUAAAUAGUUUAGUGGCCGAGCACCUAACGGCGCAGCGUUCCGCCAUCAAGAUGCUGGUGUCCCGCGUGCGCGCCGUGCUGGCCACCGUGCGCGCCAUCCGCGACGGCAACCUCCCGCCGCGCCCCGCCUUGCUCAGGGAGGCGAGGGCCCUCUCCAACCGCCUGCCGCUGCUUACUUCACAACAGUUCCGGACACACUUCUACAAUCAAUGCAACGAUGUGGCUCUGAUGACAUACCUUGGCACCAUCACGAAAGGCUGCAAUGCAAUCAAUCAACUAGUGAACAAGUUUAAUGUCCUUUACGAUAGGCAAGGGAUGGGCCGCCGAAUGCGAGGUCUUUUCUUUUAGGUUUUUUUUUUAAAAUUUAUUAGUCAUCUUCUAACAAAAAAGAUUUAAUGACUAUAGUUAUACCAAUAAAUGUAGGCUACGCAUUAUUUACUAAGGCUACAGUCUCCCACAUAUUUUUUCUCUCUCACGCAGGUAUACAAAUAUGACUUAAAAAUUCUAAAAUAAAGCCAAGUUUAACUUAUUAUGGAACAAAUAUUAAGAAAUCUUAUUUCAUGGCUAGAAAAAAUAAUACCUACCUACAGGAGAUUCCACAGAUUCCUUGCCAUGAAAUAAGAUUUCUUAAUAUUUGCUGCCUGUGUCUUAGAUUGGUGAUUUAAUACAUGGAUUUUUUGUAUGAGUAAUAGAUAUGUUAUGUCAGAGGUAGCACAUAUUAUUUAAAAUAAAAUUUAAAUCCAUUCAAAUUUAGAGCCAUUUUACUAUUUUAUACCUACCUUCUCUAUGUGUCGCGGUCCAAUAUGUAAUCAUAACGCAAAACAAGAUUGGUCUUUGCACUAAAUGUUAUUCAAGUCAAAUAUGUAAAAUGACGUAGUUUUGAAUGUAUAAUUAAUGUUGCAAUAAUAAUAAAAGCAACAACAUCAAGUUUGUGAUGGUAUUAAAAAUGAUGGGAACAAAUGGACGAACACGAGGGAAAAGUUGUGAAUUGUUAUAAAAAUCCGUAAAAUUAAAAAAAGUAGAGUACCUAAUAUGGGAGAAAAAUAAAGGCUUGUAAAAUUUUGA